CCAGUCAGAGAGGAGCAGUCUACAACAGGAUCUCAGGAUGAAGAUCGCAGUGAUUGGUCAGAGUCUGUUCGGCCAGGAGGUUUACAAGGAGCUGAGGAAGGACGGACACACCAUCGUAGGAGUCUUCACCAUCCCCGACAAGGACGGAAAGGCGGAUCCUCUGGCGACGCAGGCGGAGAAGGACGGCGUUCCCGUCUUCAAGUUCCCGCGCUGGCGUGUGAAGGGCCAGGCCAUCCCGGAGGUGGUGGCCCAGUACGAGGCCACCGGCGCCGAGCUCAACGUCCUGCCCUUCUGCUCCCAGUUCAUCCCCAUGGAGGUCAUCGACCGGCCCCAACACGGCUCCAUCAUCUACCACCCGUCCCUGCUGCCCCGCCACCGGGGGGCCUCCGCCAUCAACUGGACUCUGAUCCACGGGGACCAGAAGGGCGGGUUCACGGUGUUCUGGGCCGACGACGGACUGGACACCGGACCCAUCCUGCUGCAGAGGGAGUGUGACGUGGAGCCCAACGACACCGUCAACACCAUCUACAAGAGGUUCCUGUUCCCCGAGGGGGUCAAAGGCACAGUGGACGCAGUGAGGCUGAUUGCAGAAGGGAAGGCCCCGAGGAUCAUCCAGCCGCAGGAGGGGGCCACGUACGAGUGCAUCCAGAAGAAAGACAAUUCUAAGAUUGACUGGAACCAGUCUGCUGAGGCUCUCCAUAACUGGAUCAGAGGAAACGACAAAGUGCCCGGUGCGUGGGCGGAGGUUGAUGGACAGAGGGUGACUUUCUACGGCUCCAGUCUGGUGGAUAACGGUACGGCAGCUAACGGUCAGCCUCUGGAGAUCCAGGGAGCCAGCCAACCCGGCAUCGUCAGCAAGGCGGGCCUGGUGCUGUUUGGCAACGACGGCAAGACGCUGCUGGUGAAGAAUCUGCAGUUUGAGGACGGGAAGAUGAUCGCUGCAGCACAGUACUUCAGCUCGGGGAGCAGCGCUGCAGUGGAGCUCACUGAGGAGGAGAAAGCCUUCGCCGAACACAUUAGGGCGGUGUGGCAGAGCAUCCUGACUAACGUCGAGCAGAUCCAAGACUCCACUGAUUUCUUUAAGUCUGGUGCGGCUUCCAUGGAUGUGGUCAGGCUGGUGGAGGAGGUGAAGCUCCGGGCCAGCGGCUGCCAGCUGCAGAACGAAGACGUAUACAUGAACUGCACCUUCCAGGACUUCAUCCAGAUGUGCGUCAGGAAGCUGCGGGGGGAGGACGAUGAGGAGGAGCUGGUGGUAGACUACGUGGAGAAAAACAUCAACAACAUGACCAUUAAGAUGCCUCAUCAGCUGUUCAUCAACGGGCAGUUUGUAGAUGCAGAGGGAGGGAAGACCUACAAGACCAUCAACCCCACCGACGGCACGGCCAUCUGUGAGGUGUCUCUGGCUCAAAUCAGUGACGUGAACACGGCGGUCGCUGCUGCUAAAGAGGCCUUUGAGGAGGGAGAGUGGGGCAAGAUGAACGCCAGAGACCGAGGCAGACUCAUCUACAAGCUGGCUGACCUGAUGGAGGAGCACCAGGAGGAGCUGGCCACCAUCGAGUCCAUCGACUCCGGAGCCGUUUACACUCUGGCUCUGAAGACUCACGUGGGCAUGUCCAUCCAGACCUUCCGCUACUUCGCAGGCUGGUGUGAUAAGAUCCAGGGCAGCACCAUUCCCAUCAACCAGGCCAGGCCCAAUCGUAACCUCACCUUCACCAAGAAGGAACCAAUAGGAGUGUGUGCCAUCGUGAUUCCAUGGAACUACCCUCUGAUGAUGCUGGCCUGGAAGACUGCCGCCUGCCUGGCAGCGGGAAACACAGUGGUCCUGAAACCUGCUCAGGUUACUCCGCUGACAGCUCUGAAGUUUGCUGAGUUGCUGGCGAGGGCGGGGCUUCCCAAAGGAGUGGUUAACAUCCUGCCCGGAUCAGGUGCUCUGGUGGGUCAGCGUCUGUCCGACCACCCUGACGUCCGUAAACUGGGCUUCACCGGUUCCACUGAAGUCGGUAAACACAUCAUGAAGAGCUGUGCCGUCAGUAACGUGAAGAAGGUGUCUCUGGAGCUCGGAGGAAAGUCCCCCCUCAUCAUCUUCAGCGACUGUGACAUGGACAAGGCCGUGCGCAUGGGCAUGAGCUCCGUGUUCUUCAACAAGGGAGAGAACUGCAUCGCGGCCGGCAGACUGUUUGUGGAGGACGCCAUUCAUGACCAGUUUGUGAGGAGAGUGAUCGAGGAGGUGAAGAAGAUGAAGAUCGGUGAUCCUCUGGACCGCUCCACAGACCACGGCCCUCAGAACCACAAAGCCCACCUGGACAAACUGGUGGAGUUCUGUCAGACCGGCGUCAAGGAGGGAGCCAAGCUGGUGUGCGGGGGCCACCAGAUGCAGAGGCCAGGUUUCUUCUUCGAGCCCACGCUGUUCACUGACGUUCAGGACCACAUGUACAUCGCCAAAGAGGAGUCCUUCGGCCCCGUCAUGAUCAUCUCCUCGUUCAAGGGCGGUGAUGUGGACGACGUCCUGAGGAGAGCCAACGCCACAGAGUUUGGCCUGGCAUCGGGGGUCUUCACCCGGGACAUCAGCAAGGCUCUGUACGUCAGCGAGAAGCUGAACGCCGGCACGGUUUUUGUCAACACCUACAACAAGACGGACGUGGCGUCGCCUUUCGGGGGCUUCAAACAGUCCGGCUUCGGCAAAGACCUGGGGCAAGAUGCUCUGAAUGAAUACCUGAAGACGAAGGCAGUGACCAUCGAGUAUUAAGAGGAGGAAGCGCUGAAAGAAGGAGUGAUUUCCUCUCAAUAUAACUGGCUGCCUCUCAUUAGUGACUGCUGAAUACUAAUCCUGUUUGUGCCUUAACACGAUCAAUCAGUGUAAAGAAUGAAGUCCUGAUCCAUGCUGUAGUGAGGACUGUUGUAAACGGCGCCCUAAGUGACCUCAGGGACUGUUUGCAAUCAAUGUGAUUUAGUGACAAUGACAAAUAAUCUGUAGCAAGGAGGUCGAAGCAUCGGUAUCCUGAUCAGUCUGUCGCUGUUCUUCUCAGACGUCCAGCUCUCUGUCCUUUAACCUCUUUGCUUCUCUUGCUCUCUUUUACUUUUCUUUACUGGGGACAGUUUAGCCAUCAUGAAUCCAAAAUGUGGUGCUCUACUCAAACCUAAAAAUGAAUAUCCACAAAGUAUUCCACUGUGUUUUCUGAUGGAAGAAAACUCAUGUGUUUGUGGUCCCCAGCUGACGUUAAAUUGAUCAGACUUCUUUCUGCGGAUUCAUAUGACUGUAAAUAGUCCCAUUAUCCUUCUUAGCAACGGUCUGCUCUUCUUAGCAACAGUCUGCUCUUCUUAGCAACAGUCUGUUGUUCUUAGUAACAGUCUGCUCUUCUUAGCAACGGUCUGCUCUUCUUAGUAACAGUCUGCUCUUCUUAGCAACAGCAAUAGUCUGCUCUUCUUAGCAACGGUCUGCUCUUCUUAGCAACAGUCUGCUCUUCUUAGCAACGGUCUGCUCUUCUUAGCAACAGUCUGCUCUUCUUAGCAACGGUCUGCUCUUCUUAUCAACAGUCUGCUCGUCUUAGCAACGGUCUGCUCUUCUUAUCAACAGUCUGCUCUUCUUAGCAACGGUCUGCUGUUCUUAGCAACGGUCUGCUCUUCUUAGCAAAAAAUAACAGACCUCUGAAAUGUCAAAUUGACCAAUCAGAUUCAGGUAUUGGACUAAGCCUUGUGAUAAACCAGUCUAACAGAUGACUGUUAAGUCCUGAGCCAUGCUGUAGUGAGUAGUGUUGUGAACUACACCCAAGUGACCUCUGAGACUUUUGGUAAUCGAUGUGAUUGAGUGACGAAAUGGAAAUAUUGUUGCCAGAGUGCCUGAGUUUCUGAUAUGGCUUACAUUAGGUCAGAGAAGUAUUAAGGAAUACACCAUUUCUAACAACAGGUUCUGAAUAAAAACUGCUGUGAAUCUCA